CGGAGAUCAUGUGUCUGUGAUGAAGGAAUAUAAUAUGAAAAAGCACUAUGAGACUAAACAUCAGGACAAGUUUAGAAACCUGAAUGCAGAUCAGAAGGUACAGGUAGAAGAGGAAUAUCUCAUCAUAGGCGUUGUUCACCAAAGCACAACCACAGAGUGAAGGUGCUGUGAAAGCAAGUUUUAUUGUGGGAGAGGAGAUCGGCAAAUCACAUAGACCAUUUACUGAGGGAGUUUUUGAAAAACUGCAUAAUGAAAUGGUAUGACGUCGUGUCCAGAUAAAAUGAUGUUUGGAAAUUUCAGCCUCAGCAGAAACACGGUUGCUGAUCGUAUUUGUGAGAUGGCCACUGAUGUCAAAACAUGGCUGAUCGAGAAAGGCAAAGACUUUGUUGCGUAUUCCAUUGCUGUCGAUCUCGCAAUCUUCAUCCGCGGAGUGGACUCUACUUUUAAUGUGACAGAAGAAACACUGUACAUAAAAUCCAUGCAUAGAACGACAGGAAAGGACAUUUUUGAUACCGUCUGCCAAAGUGUAACUGACAUGAACCUGUUUUGGACAAACCUAUUGGACCGACAACAGUUCGAGUACUGACAAUGUGUGGCGAAAUAAGUGGACUAGUUAAAAGGAUGCGGUUAAAGAGGUGGGAGAUCUGUGCUGGUGUGUUGAUAACAUAUUACCGUAUCAUACACCAAGGAUCGCUGUGUGGCAAAGUCUUGAACAUGUAAUGAGCCCUAUUACACAAACCGUCAACUAUAUCAGAGCCAAAGGUCUAAAUCACCACCUGUUUGUCUUUUUUGCAAGAAAUGGAUUGAGUUCGGG